AUGCGUCAAUCAGUACCGCUGCCGGCGCUGACCGGCUCACGCAUCGUAUGGCUGCUCGUCUGGGCAGCAGUCGCAGCGCUGGUGGUCGUGCAGCUCGCACCGAGAUCGAAAGUGCGGGAGAACUCUCGAGUUUUGGACAUGGACGAGGAAGGAGAGGACGAGGAUUUUAAUGGGGGACCGCCAGAUCCGUUGCAGAUGCUGCAGCGGCAAGGAAUCAAAUACGACCUCGUUCCAAUUCGCGCUCCCUCUCAGAUCCUCCUGUCGUCAGCCAGCCAGUCUCUUUCGUACCCAAGCAGCAGUGUUGGCGAGCAGGAGCCAGAGCAGCUCCUUGUGCCAGCUUCAGAGCCCAGCAGCCUGAGCUACAGGGCAGAGGACCUUCAAAAGCGGUUGUGGCAGAACCCUCCUUCGCAUGGGUAUGGGCCUUGUGUGGAGCCCAGUGAAAGCUACAAGCGAGCCAGUGGGAGGAGGACACGAGGCUAUCUGACGGUGCAUGCCAAUGGAGGGCUCAACCAGAUGCGCGCUGGGAUCUGUGACAUGGUGGCAGUGGCACGAAUCCUCAACGCCACUCUCGUCGUUCCCGAGCUCGAUAAGAGCUCCUUCUGGCAGGACUCCAGCAACUUCUCUGACGUGUUUGACACGGAUCACUUCAUCUCAGCGCUAGCAGGCGAUGUGCCAGUGGUGCGGCGCCUGCCCCGCGAGCUGAAGCUUGCAGAGGUGAAGCGCGUUCACUUCACCAGCUGGGCGCCCCUCACCUAUUACUCCAAAGAGAUCGGCCGCUACUGGCGCCAGUUCAAGGUGCUGCGAGCUUUGAAAACCGAUUCACGACUGGCCAACAACGGGCUGCCUCCCGACAUUCAGAAGCUGCGCUGCCGCGUGCACUUUGAGGCUCUCCGCUUUGCUCCACACAUACAGGCGUUUGGAGAGGAGUUGGUGCGGCGGGUGAGGAAGGCCGGGCCGUACGUGGCUCUGCAUCUGCGCUACGAGAAGGACAUGCUGGCGUUUACCGGGUGCUCGCACGGGCUAUCCCAGGCGCAGGCACACGAGCUCACAGCUACAAGGCGGGCCACGAAGCAGUGGCGAGUGAAAGACAUCAACGCAGCAGAGCAGAGAGCGCAGGGCAGCUGCCCCAUGACGCCCCGUGAGGUGGGGGUGCUGCUCUCAGCGCUGGGCUUCCCCAACCACACGCGACUCUACAUCGCUGCGGGAGAGAUCUACGGUGGAGAGGACACGAUGAAGGAUCUACGGGCGAGAUUCCCGUUCAUUGAGCGCAAGGAAACUCUAGCAACAGCAGAGGAGCUGGCACCGCUGGCAGCACACCAGAACGCCAUGGCAGCAGUGGACUACCUCGUGUCCGUGCAGGCUGACGUGUUCCUCGCCACCUACUCGGGCAACAUGGCCCGCGCUGUUGAAGGGCACAGGCGAUUCCUGGGGCACAAGAGGACGAUCUCCCCGGACAAGAAGGGGUUGGUUCAACUGAUAGAUCGGCUGGACAGAGGCGAGCUACAGGAGGGACCUUCGUUUUCUGAGCUCGUGUGCCUGCUGCACAUGCACAGGCAGGGGGCGCCGCGGCACAGGAAGGGCCCGCUUCCAGGCGUGAAGAAGAAGGAUCGGCAUCGGUCAGAAGAAGCCUUUUAUGCCAACCCUCUCCCGGACUGCCUCUGCCAAGCCAAGCCUGAAAGGCUUGGUGGUAGAGCCAUACUGUUCCGAGAGAGGGGGAACAGGGGUCAGUAA